ACAGCACUGCAAUCACUGCAAGGCGAACAGCAGGAGGUUGCUCGUCUGAGACUGCGCACUGCGAGAGGUUCCCACGGUCCUGCUGUUGCUACCGCCAUCGCCGCUGCGGUCUGCCGCCGCAGAAAAAAAUGGAAAAACAUCCUCCAGUGAGGAUUAACAACAACAACAACAAAAAAUAAUCUUGAGAUGCAGAAGCAGAUAGCAGAAGGCUGGACCAGGAAUUCAGAAGGCCUGGCUUCUGGGCUGGGCCAGAGCUGACUGGGUUUCUGCAGGUGAUGCCAAGGCACAGAAUGAUGUGGGAGGUAGCCGUGCUGCUCGGCUUGGUCCUGGGAACUGGUGCCGUUCCCGAGGACGAUCCCGAGGACGGAGGCAAGCACUGGGUGGUCAUCGUCGCCGGCUCCAAUGGCUGGUAUAAUUAUAGGCACCAGGCAGAUGCGUGCCACGCCUACCAGAUCGUCCACCGCAAUGGGAUUCCCGACGAGCAGAUCGUCGUGAUGAUGUACGAUGACAUCGCCAACUCUGAAGAAAACCCCACUCCAGGAGUUGUGAUCAACAGGCCCAAUGGCUCGGACGUGUACAAGGGGGUCCUGAAGGACUACACCGGGGAGGCUGUCACGCCGCAGAAUUUCCUCGCUGUGCUGAGAGGUGAUGAAGAAGCAGUGAAGGGCAUAGGAUCGGGAAAGGUCUUGAAGAGCGGCCCCCGGGAUCACGUGUUUGUUUACUUCACUGAUCACGGAGCUACGGGACUACUGGCCUUUCCUAACGACGACCUUCAUGUAAAGGACCUGAAUGAGACCAUCAAGUACAUGUACAAACACAAAAAGUACCAAAAGAUGGUGUUCUACAUUGAAGCCUGUGAGUCUGGGUCCAUGAUGAGACACCUGCCCACCGACAUCAAUGUUUAUGCAACGACUGCCGCCAAUCCCGACGAGUCCUCCUACGCCUGUUACUACGAUGAGCAGAGGUCCACGUACCUGGGGGACUGGUACAGCGUCAACUGGAUGGAGGACUCGGACAUGGAGGACUUGACCAAGGAGACACUCCACAAGCAGUACCAGCUGGUAAAGACCCACACCAACACCAGCCACGUCAUGCAGUACGGGAACAAGUCCAUCUCCACCAUGAAACUGAUGCAGUUUCAGGGCGUGAAACACAAAGCCAGUGCCCCCAUCUCCCUGCCUCCCGUCCAACACCUUGACCUCACUCCGAGCCCCGAGGUGCCCCUCAUGAUCAUGAAGAGGAAGCUGAUGCUCACCAACGACCUGCAGGAGUCCAGGCGUCUUGUUGAGCAGAUCCACAGGCACCUGGAGAGCAGGCACAUCAUGGAGAAGUCAGUGCGGAAGAUCGUCUCCUUGCUCACGAGGUCCGAUGACGAGGCGGAGAGGCUCCUGUCCGAGAGGGCCCCGCUCACGGCGCACGACUGCUACCAGGCCGCCGUGUCUCACUUCCGCACGCACUGCUUCAACUGGCACACCCCCACGUACGAGUACGCUCUGAGACAUCUGUACGUGCUGGUCAACCUCUGUGAGAAACCCUACCCGAUCGACAGAAUAAAAUGGUCCAUGGACAAGGUGUGCCUCGGUUACUACUGAAACGCUGCCUUCUCGCUGCUUCUCCAAGCGUGAACACCGUCCCUGGGAGUGUGCGCUGACCGGAGGAGGUGGACAGAGCGAGGGGAGGCCGGGCCUUUCGCGAGGGCCUGCUCGUCUUUCCCGCCUCCCCCUCCCCUGCAGCCCGUGGACGCUCUGAAACCCCAGGUUUGGCCAGGGAAGGCUCUGUGCUGAGAGGCCUGUUUGCUUCCCAAGAGGCUUUUUGCCUGUUUGUGUUAAGAGGCAGGGAGUUCCCCUGGGCUUCGGUGGCCAGUGAGAGAACCUCUGCGGAGGAGCUGGAAGCUGGAGCCCGAGGUUUCAGCACGAUUAUUUAGAAGGGCAACAGAAACCACACAUGGAAAACUACUUAUAGAAAAUAAUACACGUUUUGAUUGCUUUUUAUGUUUUAUUCCUCAAUAAUGGACAAAAAUAAAGGUUGUGACUGAA